UCUCAACGGUCGAGUUGUCUGACAAAAUGUGGCGCCUUUCCUUCAUUUUCCUCGCAAUUCCCCUGGUCCUAGGCUCUCCAACUUGGAAUGAGGGUCUCACGAAAGCUCCCAGGUAUUCCAUGAACAUCGAUCUGCCCGAGGAAGAGCGAUGGGAGUCCGUCUUGCAACACUGGAAUGUCAGUGAAUAUCGGGAAAUGGCCAGGGCAGUUUUUGACUCAUUUGUAAACAAAGAGACAAUGCAACUUCUUGAGAUCAUUGCGGGGUCACUGGACUACUAUCUUCCUUCGCCAUAUGCUGGCGAGAUCCGCGGUAUCGCCAAGUUUUUUCAGAUGGAUGUCGGAGAAAUGGUGCUGUAUAAUCUUUUUUACGACAUCACUCUUUCAGGAGGAUGCACCAGUAUUGUUGCUCAAGACAGCAAAGGGAACAUCUGGCAUGCUCGCAAUUGGGACUAUUAUUUUCCAGCGACACUCAGAAACUGGACGGUAGUUGUCGAUUUUCAGAGCCACGGGAAGACCCUGUACACUGCUACGUCAUUUAUAGGGCAAGUGGGGGUUUUCACUGGACAAAGGCCAAAUGCGUUUACUGUGUCUUUGAAUGAGAGAGAUGAAGGUACAAUCCUGGAUGACAUGAUUCAGAUUUUGAAGGCCCUGAUCUCCGACAAGACCGUUUUCACCUCUUUCCAGAUUCGAGAUGCACUUUCCCGUAAUGACACAGCGACAUUUGACAGCGCAUUGCAACGCCUCGCCUACCACCCUGAGACGGCACCCAACUAUUAUAUCAUUGGUGGGGUCAAGUCAACAGAGGGCGCUGUCAUCACCAGAGCCCGUCUAACAGCUGUGGACGUCUGGCGUCUCGACCUUUCAAGCGGCAGAUGGUUUGUACUGGAGACCAACUAUGAUCACUGGAAAUCACCACCCAAAUGGGAUUACCGUAGAUCUCAUGGAAACAAGGCUAUGAAUGCAAUUGGCCAAGACGCCAUCGAUCUUGAAGCCAUGUUGAAGGUACUCUCUCUACCUCUCGUGUGCAACCCAAUGACUGUGUACACCACUCUUAUGAGUGCCGCCCACCCAUCAAGCUAUGCCACCUUCUUUCGACAUUGUGACUAAAACUGGAAAGCAAGUAAUGAUUUUAAAAGGACCGUUGGAAUUUAAAGACACGAACACGAACAGGCAAUUUAUUUUGAGAAGUUCAUUGGUGGAUUUAAUUAUUGUUUUGGGAUCUACAGGUAUUUGAUUAUGAUACUAAUAUAAGUUUGGUUGUUAUCAUUGGAAUAUUGUUUGUUUAUAUUUGUGAUUGUAUGGAUUUUUGGAGAAGAAUUG